AUCACAAAAUGGCGGAAUUUUCAACUCAAAGUAAAGUGAAGAUUCGCGAGAUUGUACAACUAGAAAUUGAAAUAACAGCUUUAAUUCAAGAAACGGCAAAUAUCACUGAAUCACAGGAUGAACUAAAUCAAGUGAAUACCAAAGUUAAGAAGUUGAUUCAAAGUUUACGAAGAAAACUUGAGGAGUUAAAGCAAAUAGGUGAAGAACAAGAUAAAGAAAGCAGUCAUGUUAAAAUUAAGGAGGAAGUUGAUAAACACUAUAAUAAUUUAUCAAGCUUGCAAGGGAAUUUGCGUAAAGCAAUAAUAGACGCUCAAAUCUCAAUUGAAAAAUAUGAGAAGUCUCAGUUGAUGUCAGGUGGAUCCAAAAAGGAGUUACGACAGAGGCAACAAAGCAAGGAAGGAUUAGCUAAGACUGCUGGUGGCAUAACAGAAAAUCUGAUGAGUAUUGCUAAAAUGAUGGAAAGCCAAGUGCAGCAAAGUCGAAAUAAUACUGAAGUUUUAAUGACCUCGUCAAAAGGCAUAACUGAUACAAAUGAAGAGUUAAAAGGACUGUCUGGUUUUGUGCACACAAGUAAACAAUUAUUAAAUAAAUAUAACCGCCGUGAAACAACAGACAAAUUAUUGAUAUUUUUUGGUUUAGUAUUAUUUUUCUCAACUGUGUUGUACAUAAUGAAAAAGAGGAUUUUUCCUUGAUAAAAUUAAAUUUUAAA